AGAUAGAUAGAUAGAUAGAUAGAUAGAUAGAUAGAUAGAUAGAUAGAUAGAUAGAUAGAUAGAUAGAUAGAUAGAUAUAAUGGACAGCCUGAAGGAAAGACAUACAGACAGACAAACAAACAGACAGACAGACAGAUAAUAAAUCAGUGCAGUGGGGAACACGUGACGAGCGUGGCGCACACUCUCUGUCUUCUCGUAAAGAGUCGCGUGCAUAGGGACACAGUCAUGUCUUUCGGACGCGCAUCACCUGUAGACUGUUACGGGACUUAAGGACAUUUUACUCAAUUUGCAUCAGAUUGUAGGCAACAGUUUACUUCCUGGGCUUGUUGACGUGGACAUGACGGUCAUUAUCAUUAUCCCGCCCGCUUCUGACUCACAGCCUAUUAAACUCUUUUGAAGGACUUGAAUGCUUUCCUCACAACUGCCAUAAUGAAAAAUGAGCAGAAUUACUCUAUAAUAAACAAAGAGCAGCAAGUUAUCGUCAGUAUCAAAUCCAUAGACGACAUUGGUUAUGAUCUCCAAGAUUCAAUGCUCCUGAAAGCUCUCAGUCCAGAGGAGAACACACAUUGUCGGCGAGGUCUGUACUUCCAGGAUGGCAAGAGACGGGUAGACUACAUCCUCACUUACCAGAUCAAAAAGACCAGUAGCUCAAGACGACAUACGAUACAUCUUAUUGACAACGCCUUUACUCGUACCCUGCGCCGUGGUCGAGGGCCACCGCUGCCCAAAAAUGACCCUGAAGCAGGCUCUCAUGCCCACAACAUGAACCACCACGAUGAUGACAAGUGUUUACGGCGUGAGGAGUUUGAGAUUAACCUGAUGGAGAUGGGCCUGGAGCUGGAGAGAGAAGAGGAGACAAAGACUCCUGGUGUCGGCUUUGUGAAGAUUCACGCUCCGUGGGGUGUUCUCUGUCGAGAGGCAGAGUUUAUGAAAAUGAAGAUGCCUACCAAAAAAGUUUAUGAGGUCAAGCAGAGUAGAGGUGUAUUGGAAAAGAUCACAACAUUCGUCACCAAACUGACAGAUCCCCUUCACCCAAACGUGGAUGAGCACAAAAUACACAACGUGAAGCAUCUUUCGUACCCAUACUCUAGAGAAAAGCAACAUUUAUUCGAUUUGUCUGACAGAGAUUCCUUUUUCGAUAGUAAAACAAGAAGUUCAUUAGUAUUUGAAGUUUUAAAACGAACCAAGUGCACAAAAGCUAAAUUUAGCAUGGGAAUAACUAGUCUACUGGGCAGCGGAGUUUAUACAGCAGCUUAUCCAUUACAUGAUGGUGAUGUUGCUGGAGAAAGCGCAGAGCCAAAUGACAGAAAAUUGCUGUAUGAAGAGUGGGCCAGCUAUAGUGUAUUUUAUAAGUACCAGCCUGUUGGUUUGAUCAGGAAGUACUUUGGAGAGAAGAUCGGUCUAUACUUUGCUUGGCUUGGGGUCUACACACAGAUGCUGAUCCCUGCCUCUUUAGUCGGGGUCUUUGUGUUCCUCUAUGGAUGUGUUACUGUUGAUGAUGACAUUCCUAGUAUGGAAAUCUGUGAUCCGCGAAAGAAUGUCACCAUGUGUCCGCUGUGUGAUCGAGUGUGCAGUUACUGGAAUCUGAGCACAGCGUGUGGGACAGCUCGGGCCAGUCAUCUGUUUGAUAAUCCUGCCACCGUCUUCUUCUCUAUCUUCAUGGCGCUGUGGGCUGCUUUCUUCAUGGAGCACUGGAAGAGACGGCAAAUGUGUCUGAACUAUGAGUGGGAUCUCACAGGCUUUGAGGAGGAGGAGGAAGCACUGAAGGAUCACCCACGAGCUGAGUAUGAAUUCAGAGUCAUGCAGAAAUCCCUAAAGAAAGAGCACAGAUCACCAAAGCCAGAGAAAGAAAAGCUGACCUUUAAAGACAGAUUUCCUGCAUACAUGACUAAUUUCAUCAUGAUGUUAUUAAUGAUUGGUGUUACAUUCGCAAUAGUGUUUGGUGUGAUUUUAUACCGGAUAUCAACCAAAGCUGCUCUUGCUAUGAGCUCAAACCCGAUGACCCGCUCGAAUGUGAAGCUGACAGUUAAAACCACAGCAGCCAUCAUAAACCUUGUGGUGAUACUCAUCCUUGAUGAGGUGUACAGCGCUGUUGCACGCUGGCUCACCAUCCUUGAGGUUCCAAAAACAGACAAGAGCUUUGAAGAGCGUCUGAUCUUCAAAACCUUCAUUCUUAAGUUUGUGAACGCGUUCACCCCUAUCAUAUACAUCGCUUUCUUUAGAGGCAGACUCGGUGGACGUCCUGGAAGUUACCUCUAUGUGUUUGAGUCCUAUCGUAUGGAGGAGUGUACUCAAGGUGGCUGUUUAAUGGAGCUCUGUAUUCAGCUCAGUAUCACCAUGCUGGGCAAACAACUCAUCCAGAACAAUCUCUUUGAGAUAGGCAUACCUAAACUGAAAAAGUUAAUCAGGUUCAUCAAAUCCAAAAGAGGAUCUUUCCAAGAGGAGGAAUAUGAGAAGAAGUUACAGCGUUAUGAGACAGAUUAUUUCUUGGAGCCGUUUGUUGGCCUUACGCCCGAGUACAUGGAGAUGAUAAUCCAGUUUGGUUUUGUGACUCUCUUUGUGGCAUCCUUUCCAUUGGCACCUCUGUUUGCUCUCCUAAACAACAUUAUUGAAAUUCGUCUGGAUGCCAAGAAGUUUGUUGCAGAGCUCAGACGACCUGUUGCAGCAAGAGCCAAAGACAUUGGAAUCUGGUAUAAUCUUCUCAGAGGAGUCGCAAAAGUGGCAGUUAUAGUCAAUGCAUUCGUGAUCUCCUUUACUUCAGACUUUAUUCCACGGCUGGUCUAUCAGUAUAUGUACAGUCCAGAUGGAUCAAUGCACGGCUUUGUCAACCACACUCUCUCAUACUUUAAUGUCAGUCACUUUCAGAACAGCACCUCACCGCUGGAGCCCUUAUAUCUGGGCUUUCAUGUGGACAUCUGCAGGUAUAAAGACUACAGAGAGCCUCCUUGGUCUCCAACACCUUACGAAAUCUCCAAACAGUUCUGGACCGUUUUGGCAGCCAGACUAGCAUUUGUCAUUGUCUUUCAGAACGUGGUCAUGUUGAUGAGUGAUGUGGUGGACUGGAUCAUCCCAGAUAUUCCCAAAGACAUCAGUUUACAGAUCCAUAAAGAAAAGGUCCUUAUGAUGGAUCUGUUUAUGAAAGAGGAACAGGGAAAGACACAGAGAGCGGAAAGUGGCUUUAAGGAGUCACUAACACGCUCCCGCUCCGUCUCUCACACACCCUACAAAAACUACUAACAUCAUAUAAAACUUAAUCGUUACAUUCCAGUGACGAACAAUAAACCAUAUCGCCAGUCUCCACUGCCUUUUCUCCCAUACUGUACACUACUUAUGUUUUUUGUAAUGUGAUAUUUCUUUUUGUAACACUAAAUUGAGAUUUUUUUCAUUCUGUCAGUGAACUUCAUGACAUGACAUGAGCUCCUCUUCACAUUGGUAAAUACAGUUGAUAAGAGUCUUGCUGAGCAAGUUAUACGUCAAAUGUUGAUAUGUUUAAAGUUUGCGAACAUGUCUCAUAUAGUGAUAGUUUAAAGUAACACUAUUUAUUAGCCCCCCUAAAAAUUAUUGAGGCUAUCUAUUGGCAUGGUAGCACAUUUUCAAAUUAAAUUCACAAUAACAAAAUGUAAUAGUGGUUAUACAGAAGUGUGUUUGGUUUCUCAAACAAGUUUAAAUAUGUGUAAAUAUUUUGUCCAGGGGGCUCAUUUAUAAAAUGCUGCGUAAAAACCAUCUUACGAUCACUUAACAAAGAUGCGUACGUGUGAUUCAUAAACUGAACGUACGCGCAGAAAACGCGCGUACCCCUUUUUGCCUACGCGCACUUUACGAUCAAAUCUGUUCGUACGCACGCUUUAUAAAUGAGGCCCUAUGAGUUUGAUUUAAAACACAAAAUAGAUGACAGUUUAAUGUCUUUUCAGUGCAUAUUCAAAUUCAUCAUUAUACAUUUAUUUCCCGGACAAGGCUUAAUCUAGUCCCAGAUUAAAAUGCAUGUUUGAGCUGCCUUAAUUUAACAACAUCUUGCACUGACAAAUCUUAACAUAUCAGUGCCAUUGUUUUGUCUCAAGAUGAACACCAGUAUUGUUUUUUAUGAAUUUCCUUAAGGUUCUAGUGUCUUUGCAGUUCUCAUACAAAUACACAGAUUUUUGCAAAUUAUAAAAAUGCGUUUGUCUAAAAACGUUGAAGAUAUCCAAGGGAUUUUUUUCUUGGCAGAGACCUGUCAUUUAGGCUUAUUCAGUUAUUAAUCACAUUUUCUUUAUCUACAUGAUACACAUUUGCAGAAUAUUUCAUUACACACUUGUAUAAUAGUUCAUUUUUAUACUGCCAUAAAUUAUUUCUACAUCUGACACUUUUCAUAUUUAGCUUUAAUUGAUAUCAAAUGUAUUGUGUGUCUGUAUUUUAUCAAAGCACCACAGUUAGGUACUUGACAUCUGUUUAUCCCAUCAUUCAUCCAAUUCAUACACAUAGACUGUAAUACUGCUAGGAUAUAUGCAAUACUUGUGUAUUUUUUAAACAAACUGAUAUUGUACAUUAAACGCCUCAGCAUUAUAAAGCAGUUAAAUGCUCUGUGCUUGGAUAUCUUUAAGGUCUUUAAAAGAGUAGAAUAGUUUUUAAAUAUUGAACAAUGUUACUUUUUUGAAACAAAGCAAAUGUGUUAAUUUUGAAGACUGAGGUAGGCAAAUGUAAAUAAUGACAAUACAGUAAAUGUCUGCUUCUUACACUAGAAACACUUUGUAUUUAGUGAAAUCAGCAGCAGUGUAGUCAUGUAACUAUACAGAACAUCUACAAUAAAGACUGCUUAUUUAA